AUGCGAUGGCCCUGGUCGGGCGAUAGAGAUGAUGGAAAGAGAGGAGACCUUUCAUCGUGGAUCGAAGAUUUUCGCGCGACCGACUGGCGCUCGGCGUUUACUGAUCCUCGCAUCCUCGGCCCAUCCCUUGUGUUAAGUGCGACUACAUUUGCAGGCGUGCGGUUAUACAAGUCAUAUCUGCGGCGCAUACCCAGUGUGAACCACAUCAAGCCAGAGUACUUUCGCAGGAAGAGCUUAUACGGUCAGGUCACCAGUGUGGGGGAUGCAGACAACUUUCGCCUAUAUCAUACGCCUGGCGGCAGGAUAGCAGGAUGGGGCUGGCUGCCAUGGAAACAAAUACCGGCCAAAAAAGCAGGGUUGGCAAACAACACGAUACAUAUCCGGAUCGCCGGGGUCGAUGCUCCCGAGCUGGCGCACUGGGGACGAGAGGCACAGCCAUACUCCAAGGAAGCGCUUGAGUGGCUCACGGCUUAUAUCCACAACCGGCGCGUGCGAGUAUACCUUUUCAGGCGCGAUCAAUAUGACCGGGUGGUGGCUCAAAUUUAUGUUCGCAAAUGGCUAGUGAGAAGAGACGUGGGGUUGGAGAUGUUGAAGAAGGGAUUGGCAACGGUCUACGAGGCCAAGACGGGGUCAGAAUUUGGGGACUUUGAACAGAGAUAUCGAGAGGCGGAGACAAAGGCCAAACAGCAGAAGGUGGGCAUGUGGACAAGCCCGGGUAUCAUGGGGCGGCUGCGUGGAGCCACAGCAAAGAAACCUGAGAGCCCGAGAGAGUACAAAACGCGACAUGCAGCAGCUGGCAAACAGAAUCAAUGA